AUGUUCAGUUUCUUUUAUUUUUUUACAGGCAUAUAUAAUUCAACAAAUAAUGAUUUUAUCAGUACUAUGGAAUCUGUCGUAAGUAAUAUGAAUGAAAGUAGCGCAAAAAAUAAAUAUCAAUAUAAUCAAACUUCAAAUAACAGCGAUGACACAAAUCAAUUUUUGGAACAAGAAGAUUUUGAAUUAGCAGAGAUUAUUGAAAAUGCUCUAGAUUUAGAAGAAGAAUUACAAUAUAAAAAUAGACUAGGCUCUGCCUCUUAUAGUCCCAUUUUUUAUACAAUGAAUUCUCAGUGUUUUAAAGAUAGGAAUAAUGAAACUCUAGAUACCUCUGUUAUAAAAAAACUUAUAAUGGACGAUAAUAGUAAGUGUGUAAUUUCUGAAGAUGCAAGGCAUUCGGAAGAUAGUUUUCAAAAUAGUUUUAGUAUUUAUAAUAAUCAUGCGUCUAACGGCUUUGAAUUCCAAAAACAAUGUGAUGAAGUUUUAAACUCUGAUAAAGAUGUUAAUGACCAAAGUAAAAAUAUAAAAUGUAAAGAGAUUACAACAUAUAAAGAUAAAAUAGACUUAAUGAAUAAGUUUUAUUAUGCUUAUAUCGAAAAAUUUACUAGAUAUCUGGUUUCUAAAAAAGUAUUAAAUUACAAUCUUGUAUUUCAAAAUGGAAGAGUACAACCCAAUAACAAACAAUUGCCAAAUUUAGACAUAUUUGUGGAUUUUUGUAGGGGGGUUCUUAGUCAAUUAAAAUCCGCAUUUGACAGAGCCAAAAAUGAGCAAAUUUUGAUUUCAAAAAAAGAUUUCUUUCUUGGAAAUAUAGACCAAAAAUUUAUAUAUAAGUUAUCAAAGGCCAAAAGGCUCUAUUAUAUUAGAAAAAAAAAUUUAAAUAAGAGUAUUGAAUUUCAAAUAAAAAAGAUAGAAGAAGAUUCUAUUUUUAAAGAAUCUUCAUGUGAAUCUAUAAAAGAAUUAAUAGUAGAAUGCAAUAUGUUUUUAAAAGAAGUGUUAAAAUAUCUUUUGUCUUUUACUUUAACUACUAACCUACAAAAAAGGAAUUUAAAAUUUAUUUACAAUGAAUGUAAAGAUAUCUCACAAAGAAUAACAAAUAUUUCACAAACUGUACAACUAGAAUGUACGGUUGUAAUUAUAAACAUGCUUAUUGAAAGAUUAGAGCGCCCUCGGUAUUUUUUAGUUGAGAUGAAUCGUAAUUUACUUUUGUUUUUCAAUUCUAUGACAUAUUUGUCUACAAACGUUAAAUGGUUAAUUUCCCCUUUAAAAGACAUUAUGGAUAGUAUUGAUAAAGAAUAUGAACGUAGAGAAUUCAACUAA